AUGACAAGUCUUGAAAAAGAAAGCAUGAACGAUCUCUCUAUUUCUAGUAACAAUAUCUCUGCUUCUAGCUUAACACAUUCAAAUAAGAGGCAAAGAACUUGUAGUCCUAGCUUCGAUGAGAUAUGGUCAUUUUUGAUAAAAGGAUCUAGCAGGGAUAAUGGACAUUAUAGAGCGAAUUGUUAUUAUUGUACAACUGGUUGGGAACGUGGAAAACCACAAGUUAUGAAAGCACAUUUGGUCAACCAUUGUGAACAUUGUCCUGAAAAUACUAGUAAUUAUUGGCACCAAAAAUUAAUUGAAGAAGCAAAUACAAUUCAUGGUCGAACAGUUAAUUUACAAGAUGCAAACUGUAUUCUUUUAGAAUAA